GUCACCAAAGAGUACCGUGAUUUACGAUAUAGGUCUCGCGAUGAUACCUCAUAUCUGGACUAGCCUACCACAAGAGGCCUACAGAAGUCAUGGAUUCCUUCAACAAUCAAUCCACUCAUUAGUUCGCGCCUCAGCCAAUUCUCAGCAUCCGCCCAACGAUGAUGAAUAUCUAGAGCUGCUCAAAAGAUGCGGGCAACUUCCGCCGGAGCUCAUUACAAUGAUUUGGGACUGCAUUUCCCCUGGCAGUGUACGCUCGAUUCUGGCCCUCCCGGCUACGAAACAUCUCUGGUCCGCCCCUUCUGUCACAAACGGAACUGCGACUCUCUCCUUGAAUUGUGACCUCUUUUUAUACUACACUCAUGUGAUGAAGCAGAGAUAUGUGUGUGGCCUUGGCCAGGGAGACGUAGUGUACGGCCACAAAAGCGAGUGUUCUACAGCCAUAUCGGUUCCUUCCUCGAAAGCGGCAAUGAUAUUCACAAUGGAUAUUCAUGGGCUUUCUCAGCUGGAAUUUGUGUCAGAAGUACCAAGCGCCGAACCGAACAAGACAAUGUCUAACACUCGGUUCCGUGGAGUCGUUUAAC